GCUGUUGCUGUCCCAGAGGAGGGGAACAUUUCCCUGUCCACGGGGUCACACCAGAGGGAGGCUGUGCCAGGAGAAAUGGUGCUGUGGUGAAGGUGCCUGGAGAGGGCCGAGCUGAAAACCAAGAGAGGGGUUUCCACAGCUUUCAAACAGCCGCCACAGGGAGCGAUACCUUCCACUGCCAACAUGAAGGAAAUCACUGAAAAUGCCUCUCUGGACAGUGCUGGCUGGAACCAGGUGGCAUGUGAGGGCUUGCGGACCGAGGCCCAGGAAACUAUUUUUAGCUCUGAAGAAGAUAACAGUCUGUAUUUCACAUACAGUGGAAAAUCAAAUGUUCUCGAAGUGAAAGAACUCAACUACCAGGUUAACAUGGAAUCCCAAAUUCCCUGGUAUGAACACCUUGCACAGAUGAAAAUGCCAUGGACCUGGAAGACAGAUCCCCAUUCUCGGGUGUCAAUAAUCCAGAAUCUGAAUUUAAAAGUUCAGAGUGGGCAGAUGCUGGCUAUUAUAGGAAGCACUGCUGGUGGAAAUACAUCCUUGCUUGAUGUGAUAACCUGCCGGGAUCACAGAGGCAAAAUCAAGUCUGGUCAGAUCCUGAUCAAUAACAAACCCAGCACUCCUCAGCUUGUUAAGAAAUGCAUCGCACAUGUGCGGCAGGAUGACCGACUGCUACCCCACCUGACUGUCAGAGAAACACUCUUGUUCGUUGCCAAACUGCGCCUUCCAAAGUUUUUUUCAGACUCACAAAGGAAAAAAAGGGUAGAAGAUGUGAUAGCAGAACUGCGCUUGUGUCAGUGCGCAAACACCAGGGUAGGGAACGAGCACCUCCGCGGCGUGUCAGGAGGUGAGAGGAGGAGAGUGAGCAUUGCUGUGCAGCUGCUUUGGAACCCAGGAAUAAUCAUACUUGAUGAACCUACAUCUGGACUGGACAGUUUUACUGCACAUAACCUGGUGAUAACAUUAUCCAGACUGGCCAGAGGAAACAGAUUAGUUCUUCUUUCACUUCACCAGCCCCGGUCAGACAUCUUCCAACUGUUUGAUUUAGUUCUUCUGAUGACUGAUGGAGUCACUGUCUAUUCUGGAACAGCUAGAGACAUGGUCCAAUAUUUCACUGAACUAGGCUAUCCCUGCCCAAGGUACAGCAAUCCUGCAGAUUUCUAUGUUGAUUUGACCAGUAUUGAUAAACAGACUGCAGAAAAGGAGACGGAAAGCCGAAAGAGAGCCAACACUCUUGCCAACUUGUUCCUAGAAAAAGUUAAAGAUUUUGAUGAUUUCUUAUGGAAAGUUACUGAAGGAGACAAUGUUGCAACCACACUCAACAAGCAAAGGUCCCAUUUAAAUUCAGAAGAGGCUAUCAACAUGCCUCAUCAGCCAAGGGAUCAGUUACCAGGAGUCUUUAAGCAGUUCACUAUAUUAUUAAGCCGUCAAGUCUCCAAUGACUUCAGAGAUCUUUCCAUGUUAUUAAUCCAUGGAUUUGAGGCCCUUCUCAUGUCAUUAUUAAUUGGAUUUUUGUACUAUGGCCAUGUGAAAAACGGACUCUCUAUUCGUGACACAACAGCACUAUUGUACAUGCUAGGGGCACUAAUCCCAUUCACAGUGAUUUUGGAUGUUAUUGCCAAAUGCCACUCAGAAAGAGCUAUGCUUUAUCACGACUUGGAAGAUGGAAUGUACUCUGUUAGCCCAUACUUCUUUGCUAAGAUUUUAGGGGAGCUCCCAGAGCACUGUGCUUUUGUUAUCAUUUAUGGGAUUCCCAUCUACUGGCUGGCAAACCUCAUUCCUGAGCCAGAACAUUUCCUGCUGAACUUCCUCUUUCUGUGGCUGUCUGUAUACAGUGCCCGUGCAAUGGCACUUUGGGUGGCAGCUCUGCUACCAACCCUACAGCUCUCAGCCUUCUUUGGCAAUGUCCUUUUCACAUCGUUCUACCUGAGUGGUGGUUUUGUGAUAAGCCUGGAAAACCUCUGGACAGUUCCAUUUUGGGUUUCUAAAAUCUCUUUUCUCAGAUGGAAUUUUCAAGGCAUGAUGCAAAUUCAGUUCACUGACCUCACAUAUGAAACGACUGUUGGAAAUAUUACAUUUCAAAUACCAGGGAAGCUUGUCACUCAGGCUCUGGACCUGGACUCCCAUCCUCUCUACGUGAGCUACCUCGUCCUUACUGGUAUCAUUUGCAGCUUCCUGCUUUUAUACUACUUGUCUCUGAGGUUCAUCAAGCAGAAAUCGCACCAAGACUGGUAACGGCGAGCUGAGCAGAGGAGGCAGCAGGUUACGGCGUCCUUUGCAAGAAACCAGGGACGGCCCAUGAGUUCAUUUUUGGUCACCUGAGCGGCCGGGCAGGGGGGAGCAGGGACCGCCCGGCAGCGCGGCCAGGGCCGCCCGGCUGCCACGGGAUGGCAGCAGAACACCAGGAGUCGGCAGGUUGGAGCCCGACACAGCCUGGGACUUGCGGGUUUUGUUGGUUUAGGGGGUUUUUUUGGUUUUUUUUUUUUUGACAUACGGUUUUCAUAGGCGACAACACACUUCUGAGUUCUCGACGCCUUGAAAUAUUCUAAGCUAUGGAACACUGAUUUAAAAGGAUUCAUCCCACUUUUUUAAUAGCUGGUGAUUUACUCCAUGAUGUUUGAACAUGCAGUGAUCACAUUCUUAAUGUGGAGAGCCUGGAGAGCAGUGGAAUCAGCACACACCAAACACUACUUUCUGUAGCCCUCUUAAGGGCUCUUGAUGCCUCAAAUGGGUAUUUUUUUGCUGUACACAUGAUUUCUUGCUAGGGAUAAUUUUAUCUUACCUUCUUGGAUUUAUUUGUACAGUAUAAACACAUACCAGUUGAUAGUUAUUAAUCACAUCUUUCACCAUGGCAAUACAAAUCCCAGCAAUUUGCCAAGUUUGGUUCCUAAGAUUCUCAGUACCAAACUUUCCCCUCCAGUAAUUAAAAAUCUAAUGGUGCAAUCUGUGAAGUGCUUAUAAUCGUGCACUUAGUUAUGCUCAGCCAUAAGAAAAAUGUUCAUAAAACAAGUAGCAGUAAAUGCUGUAAUUCACACACAGUCCUGGUAAAUGCAUGCACAAAUUAGUUGUACAGUUCUUGUGAACAUUUUAUAAGAUUAGCUUGCUUGAUUUUUAAAUGCUUGGAAGCAUAUCUCUGUGCUUAUAUAGAGUGAGCUGAAGCACACCCUUUACUUUCAUUUAUAUGUUGCACACAGUGGAAAACUCCUCGUGUAAUGGGUUAUAAUGCCCCAGAUACCGUUAUAUAAAUCACUUUAAAAAAGAAAGAAAUAAGAAUUAAAGAAAGAACAUCAAUAUUUUAUUAUUCUAUUUGGCAAAUAGGACUGCCACAUUACUUUCCACAGGCUCCACGUGGUAGUAAAUUCCCAGAAAAACCCUAGUCUAAAGACAUUAAGCAGGUCUGAUAAAAUAACAGCUACAGCCCCAGGCAGCUGUAAGAAUCCAAAACACUCCGAGGUUUUUCUAAGGUGAAUUCUACCAUUUCUUUCAAGGUUCUGCUGCAUUUGACUUUGAAACACCCCCCCUCCCUUGAUCUGAUCCUAGUGCCAUUUUGAAAUUAUCAGAUUUUCAUUGCCUUUUAAUGGCAAAGCCAAUUCUUUCAGUCCAAUUCAGUGUCAUUAAAUUGUCAGAAUAGCAGCUUCCUGUUUGAUUCUUAAUUAUUCCUUUUUAUUAUAUUUAAGACACUUUUUUUAAAGUGGUUUACUCUUCUUUGUAAUGAUCUGUUGUGAUUAGAAU